ACAUUUUGAAUGGAAGCUUGAGAAAUUUUUAAGAAGAAGUCUUGCACUGAGCUUCUCCAGAGAUAAAACUUCCACCAAAGUCAUGCAUAAAUCAUUAAGGUAACCAAAGAGCGUUUGGUUGCCAAUUUGGAAAUUAGAAAUUUAUAGCAAUGAAGUUUAGGUCACAUUUUAAAGUCGACGAAAGGAGAUUUCAAUGACGGAUUAUCACUCUACGAAGUAAGAAAACCAGAAUUUGAUGUGUCUUGACCUUCUACAUAUAAGCAGGUUUUGUAAAUCGGGCACCGUUUCGGUACGAAAAUGAAGGUAAGCCUAUGGCGGAGAUUUUUACUAGCACCCGUUAGAUGAUUUUGUGUCCGGCCGUUUGGAAGGAAUAUAACUCCACAUCUUAACUAAUAUAUCAAACACAGAACAGUGAUGAAUCAGGUUUUGAUGAUGUCCUAUUGAUGAUGGACAACAUAUUGUUUUUUGUUUCUUGGGAAUCUUUAUUUGCGGGACGUUUUAAAGACAAAUUGCUAGUCAGGAUGUAUGCAUAUUGAAAUUACAGUAACUAUACCUCUAUGCAAGAUAUCUUCUAGAAUGAGGAUAACUCCACGCUGAAUUAAUCUGUUUCUUUUUUAUGCUGCUAGAGUGCCGAUUGAUGGUGCAAGGGCAUUUUUCGGUCAAUAAUCUGGUAAAAAAAACAUGACUAGCAACGAAGUUAGAUUCCCGAGUAUGUCAUCAAAUGAAGAUUAGCUUUGUGGUCAUGAUUAUGGCCCAUCCACAGUUUGAGGAAAGAGUAUAUAUUUGAGGCUUGAUUGAAGUAAAAAAGAACCAUAAGGAAAUCACUUUUUUCCGUGGAACUUUAGUCCACGGGGGGGGGGGGGGGGGGAGCUGGGGGGUAUUGGAGUGAGGCCUCCAGGAAUAUUCUUUUAAAAGUGUGACGACACCAGUAACCAACCUUACGUGUGUUUUUAUAUUAUUGAUGGCUAAUAUUAACUAGCGUGUACAGUUUGUGUGAGCUCAUUAGUAUAGAAACCAUUCAGAUCUACUUGUCGACUAUUAAAAAUCAAACAGACACCAAUGCACUGCCCAAUACAUUGCUUCUCCAUUCAAAUCAUCGUCUUUUUUUGAAUAAGAGCUAGUCAAUUUAAGUUCAGGCUGACUGUUCUUAAUUUUUUCGAAAAAAUUCAAGGCUGGAUUGUUCUUAAUUUGUUCUUAAAUUAAUAGAUUGUAAGCAUUGCGAUUGCUAGCUUUUUCGUUCUAGGGAGGUGUUCGAGCCUCAUUUGCCAACAAAGUGAAAGACAACAUUUAUUUGCCGCCAAGUUUGGAUAUUCACCGAAAAAGCACUCACAAAUGGCUUGAAUUCCUCGCUUAUGAAAUAAAACAUUGUUCAAAAUUGCAUUUUACACUAGCUCUGCCUCAGCUUGUUAAUUUUUUGUUAACUUUUGAACAAUUUUGAGGGUCAUAUUUUUAUAAAAUUGUUCUUAUAAAAAAGAGUGUAGCUAAAAUGAAAGUUUAAACUUCUUUAUAAUCAGUGAGAGGACCUGAGACUGCUACAGUUUAUAAGAGAUUGGUGCUUUGCCCAAUCAAUCUCAUCAUUUUAGUUGAGCUACACACAUUUGCGAUUCUUACAUUCUAAAAGAAUAUCUGUUGUGUGCACCAACUGGUCCACCUGAGAAAGGUCUUUGCCCACGGUAACCUGACAAAACAACUGUAAAAUUUUCCGCGAAUAUUGCUUCGCUAUCUUGGUAAAGUCUUGGUAAUAAGCAAAAUAAACCUGUCGAAGGCUGCAUGUUGUAAUAAGACCCCCCGAUUUCAAUCCCUUUAAAACAUAUGUGACUUUGCAUGAUAAAUGCGUUAUUUCAAAGUCUUGAUUCCAGCUGCCAGUUCUGCGGACAGCGGACCGACUUUCUCAACAUCUCCUUCAACAUCUGCUGGUAAGGGAUCGUUCAACUCAUUUGGGAGGAAAAAUAGCACCAUACUUGGUUAUUGUCAUCGAAGACGUUCCCUUUUUCAAAUAUCGUGGCAUUCUAAACGACCUUCACCCUGCGUGAUGGGAUUGGUAUCAGAAUGGGAGUUUCUGGUUGCCGUUGCAGUAGUUGUUGUUAUUGUUGAUUUAGCCGCUAUUGCAGUGUGCAUCAAGAGUCGUCACGAUCGUCGCAAAUCGACCACUGUUGUUAUGGUGAGCCUGCUCGCAAGUGACGCGUUAUUCGGAGCUGUUCUUCUUCCAGUGAGAGUCAUCGAGCUUUGUAAUCGUAAAAACGCUGUCUUCCCGUACAUAUAUGCAUACUUACUGUUUCUAUCGGCAUUCAAUGCUUUGUAUCUCUCGUUUGAUCGCUACGCAAGCAUUAUGAAACCGCUGUGGAGGAGACUGAUCGGUACGCGUACGAUUUGCAGGGGUCUGGUGAUCACGUGGACAGUUCCUGCUGUAAUCAGUAUCAUGCCGUUAUCUUGGGUAUAUGUAAUUGGGUACAACAGCAAAGUAACCAAAGUGUACUCGUAUAUAUUGUUAGGGCUACUGUGUCUCGUUCUAAUAUCGAUAGUGGUUUUGCAGCUGCUCGUGGUUUUGGGCCUACUGAGAUACUGGUCUUCAUCAAAAAAGAAAAUGCCCCUGCGCAAAAACCAAGGACGGAGAGAUCAUCCUGUGAAGGAGCUCAAAAGAAAGAUCAAUUCAUCAAUGCUGUUCUUUUCAUUGAUCACUACAUCAAUAGUCACGUGGCUGCCUACCAUCAUUUACAAUAUUUCACCGUUUCCAGAGCUCUCUACAGUGUCUCUUUUUACGUUAAUGGGAAAUGCGUUGAUAGAUCCUUUGCUUGUCAUUAGCUUCAACACAAGAUCGUUAUUGAAGAAAUGGCAAAUCAGAAAACGAGGUCGACAACUCACACAAACAACUAGGUCACGUGUGCCAGAUGGCGGAGCCAAAAUCAUUCGAUUGGAUGAGAUGGCUGCACGUGAUCAGGCGAAUUAGACGGGCGUAUAAACUGUUACUGUCAAGUCUUUUCACUGAUUAAGCAUAGUUACAAAACGGCUAUGCAUUUGUCUUUGAAAGCUCAAGCUUAAAUACAAUAAUGGUUGAUUCCGGAACAGUUUGUAUCCAACUGUCUGUGCUGCAUUUGUAACACCUCGUAAAGCACGGAAAUCUACGUGGGUUUUAUCUCCAUAACACAAACUGACACACUUCCAGGGCAACUGAAGCAUUGCCAUGACAAGCGUAGUAAUGUAAUUAAUGGUUGAAACUUUAAUUUGGCGAUGGUCAAAUGCGCUACAUUGAAACAACAUUUUCGUUGUAUUUUGUAGUUCGUGCCUGAUGAUUGACGUAUUUUGUCAAACUGUCCUGUAUUUUUAUGCAAAGGUCAGCUAAAUUUAGAACAGAAAGUAUCACGAAAAGUAAAAGAUCUGCGUGCAACCAGUUCAAGUCCUUUUGAGUGAUUUUUAAUAGCGAACUUGAUGAACACAUAGGUCGAGUGUUACAAAUAAUGAGCAAAGACCUCAUCGUGCUCGAGUUGUAUAAACAUUCCAUUAUAUGACUGAAGCACCUUUGCAAGUCCUUCUCGUUCUCUCUUCUUCUUUUGAAGCUCCUUUGCAAGUCCUUCUCGUUCUCUCUUCUUCUUUUGAAGCUCCUUUGCAAGUUCUUCUUGUCUCUGCAAAUUCUCAGCGCUAUGUUUCUCUGUGAAUCUUGACUUUUUAUCCAAAAUUUCAAUUGCGACUAUUGCUGCAUUUCUCCCUGUCUGACUACAGUUCUUGUUGAUUUAUUUCAUCUGUUUACAUUAGUGGGGGCUGUUUGUGAAAAAAUCAUUCAUAUUGUGAUAGAAGCAUGAAACUUAUGGUAGAGAAACACAGUUUGACACGCUGAAAAAGCUAGUAUUUCGAAAAAAUGCCCCCAAAUGCUGUUUUUUUGACUGGGGUAUUAGAUCCCAGGCCUCUCCGAUGGGUAAUAGGUCAACUGUGCAGUUGAUUGUUAAAGGCAAAUGAAACUUGGUUGUACAUGCUCGAGACGUCGUGUUUUAACAACCAAACAUAUUUAUUUUCAUUCUGGUACUCAAUAUAUUUGCUAUCUAUAUUAUCGAUAUUUUGAUGUAGUACCACGCGCAACGCACAUACCCUAUGUAUUCCUUCAUCAAGAAUACCGCUUGCUAACAGAAAAAGAUAAAUACGAAAUUGGUGUUGUUUUAAAAAGGUAGCGAAGGACAUGGAAGCGUCAAGAUUGAAGGAACAGGAUGGACAGGGUUUGGUUGUGCUAUGAAAGGGAUGGGUCCGAGGAGUUGGGAAAAGGCGUGGGGUCCCUCAAUUAUAUAUGAGGUUGUUGAGAUGAUUAGGGUGCGAGGGUUGUGCUUGGUUAUAGAGAAGAAGGAUUGAAUAGAAUGGCUUGCUUAUGGAGACCUUUUACGAUUUGAUUUUGCAAAUUAAAAGUUUCUUAAUCUUGUUUAUGUUCAUAUUUUAAACUGUGUUCAUUUUCUUGAUCUUAAAAGUUUAUUCUAAAACUUUGCAAACAUUUUAACGCCAUGUCAAAUUAAAGCAAAUAAUAUUGAUAUUUGCCAUAACAAGCUCAUAAAUAUUGCCUGGGAUUUUCCUUGCUUCUAAAUCGACCAAGGUUUGAAGUCAAUUUUGUUAAUACAAUAAAUCCAUUUUCCAGUCAUCCUUAGAAUGUCAAAUUUUCAAAAUUUUUCACAAUCGACCAUGGCGACGGCCCUAACUAAACCUCUGAACAAUGCUACUUUUAGCAACUUCAAAUCCACUCUAAACUCCCAUCCCCCCCCUCCCCCCAAUUGUCAUGUCUACUAUGGUCGUUGUUGUGCUGUUAAGUGACAAAUGAUACUUAAGGUAUGACCAUCUUUUCACUAAAGAAUAGCUCUUCUCUAAUGAAAAAUGACUGUAAAUUUUCUUUCCUGCAAAGUGAAUUUUAGAUGCAUUGUUUCAGCUAAUGUCUUGCUGAACAGCAGCAUCCUCAAUUGUAACUUAACCAAAUGCGCAAAAUGCAAACGUUUUGGGCCCCUAAAGGUCAAUAUCCCGGUUCGUGUUAUCAAGCAUGAGAUUUUAUUCGGCCACCUUUUUCCCGAUCAUUAGAAAGUACGCGAGUUUUUGAAUAUUCACUGUUCGGUAAAAUAUUCACACGGAUUGACUCAGGGUUUCUAAAAAUAGUUGGGUUUCCUCAAAAUAGAUUGACGAGCAAGUUAAAGAUUUUGCAAUGGAACUUGCAAGGUGAAUUAAAUAGAGAUGUUUACAAUGUUUAUUUCUUUCUUGCAAAGUAUUUUAUUAGUUCUUAUGCUGAUGCAAGUAAUCCUAAAGUUUAUAGAAAUUAUUGAAAAGUCUGACAUUGUUAUCACCACUUGAAGCAAACGUAAAGAAAAAACUUGAAAAUUUUUGGGUUUCAAGGUUAAUAUGUAUCAAACCAGUUUUUUUUAUCACUGUUAAAAAACACAAAACCAGUCUUUUUAUCCAUUUAAAGAAUUACACUACAAUUUGCAGAACCUGUUUUGCUGUACGUUGCUCGGUGAAAUAUUCUGACAUUUGACUGGGGCUUUUAUGUAGAAAUAAUCAGUUAUCUAAAAGCUGCUGUAUCUAACAAGUAGAAGAUGAUUAGGUUUAGGUAUACUUGUUUCCUUAUGAAAAUGCGUCGAAUUAAUUCUUCAAAUCUGGGCAUCGAUUUUUCUGAAAAGACGAAACGUCACAAGGCUUCUCAGCCUACAAAUGUUGCACGACUCUUUAUCGUUCCCGAUCAAUGAUAAGCAGUCCAGUCGCUAGCUAUUGUGCUCAAAGGGGGGUUCCAAGUCUCAUUUGCCGACAAAGUGGGUGAGCCUUCUUUUAUUUGCCGAAAAGUUUGGAAGUUUGCCGACUAAGCGAUCCUAGAUGGCAAAAACUUCUCGUUUCUGCAAUGGAAUUACUUUUCGAGGGGCGCCCCCUGUAGCGACAGGCCUGAUAAUGAACCAAGAGUUUCUUUGGAAAGGACAGUCUGUUUGGUAAGAUAAAAAUACAACCUUUUUUCAUAGUUGAGAUAAAUACAAUUAUUUUUUCCUCAUGGGAUGCUUUUUUGCAAACAAGGUCGAUCUUUAUUAGACAAAAUACAACUGGAAAACAUCUGUUUCAAAGUACGACAUGAAACUUUAAUAGUUAAACUCCCUUUUAAUCUUCUUUCAAGGCUUAAAAUGUAAAUGAUUUACAACAUGAAACUGAUUUUCGACUGAUAUGUGCAGUACGGUUUCAAAGUUAAUUAGGAAAGCAAUAGCUAGGCCAUUUUAAUCGUGACAUUUUAAACGUGGACAAUUUUGAAAAAAUGC